CCAUGUUAUCCAUCUUGUCCCUUCCACUCAAAGCCAUGUUCAUGCUCUCAUCUUCUCAUCUUAAUUACUUUCCAUCCUUUCCCAUCCUCCCCACAUGCAUGGAACUUCCUUAUAUUUCCUUUUUUUAAUUUUUAAUUUUUUUAAUUUUUUUUUCAAUAGAUUCCUCACUUCAUGCACUUCAAGGAAACACAUUCUUUGUAGCCAUUUCAAGUUGAUCAUAAAAACUUAGUUUUUAGAUCCAGAUCUCUUCUACUUUUCCACUAUAAACAAAACACAAACAUGGUUUAACUUCAUCUCUAAUCCCAAUACUGAUCAUUUCCCUUCUCUUCUCUUCUAUCUUCUCUUCUCUCAAUCCUAAUCAAUGCAUUCUUCUCUGCACUCAUUAACCACUUUGAUCAUUGUCCUCUCCUUGUUCUUCAUUGGUUCUCUUUCCAUUGAUGAGCAAGGCCAAGCUUUGCUCUCAUGGAAACAAACAUUGAACACUUCUACUACUGCUUUGAGUUCAUGGAAUCCAUCAGAUAUCAAUCCAUGCAAAUGGCUUGGUGUCACUUGCAACUCCAAUUCUCAAGUCACUGGUUUGAGUUUAAUUUCUUUCUGUCUCAAUGGCCCAUUGCCUUCAAAUUUCCAAUCUCUCAAGUCUCUCAAAACCUUAAUCCUCUCUUCCACCAACAUUUCCGGCAAAAUACCGAAAGCAUUCGGCGAUUACACCGAGCUCCGUUUAAUCGAUCUUAGCAGUAAUCAAAUCUCCGGCGAGGUCCCCGUCGAGCUCUUCAAACUCAAAAAGCUUGAAUCACUAGCUCUAAACACUAAUCUUCUGCAAGGACCUAUACCUUCUGAGAUUGGAAAUUUAUCGAGCCUUACUUAUCUUACUCUUUUUGACAAUGAUUUCAGUGGAAGUAUACCUUCAUCCAUUGGCAAGCUUACUAAUCUUGAAGUUUUUCGAGCGGGAGGAAACCAAAACAUCAAGGGAGUAUUGCCACCAGAGAUCGGAAACUGCAGUAAUCUCAUCAUGUUAGGCCUCGCUGAGACUGGCAUCUCCGGCAACCUCCCUACAACAAUUGGGUUAUUGAAGAAGAUCAAAACCAUUGCUAUUUACACCGCAUUACUCUCAGGACCAAUACCGAAAGAGAUCGGUGACUGUACUGAGCUUACAAGCUUGUAUCUUUAUCAGAAUUCUCUCACUGGUUCGAUUCCGGCAGAGUUUGGUCAGCUCACAAAACUUCAAACUCUUCUCCUGUGGCAGAACAGCCUUGUUGGAUCAAUCCCGGAAGAAAUCGGCAAUUGCCGAGAACUAUCUCUCGUUGAUUUCUCACUGAAUCAGUUAACUGGCAGCAUUCCGAAGAGCAUUGGCAAUCUUUCUAAUCUUCAACAACUGCAACUCAGCACUAAUCAGCUCACCGGAAGUAUCCCGUCGGAGAUCUCUAAUUGCACUGGGCUAACCGAUAUUGAGCUCGAUAACAAUGCGUUCUCUGGCGAGAUAAGUAUAGACUUCAAGAGGCUUGAGAACCUCACGUUGUUCUUUGCUUGGCAAAACAAGCUCACGGGAAAGAUCCCCGGAGAUUUGGCUGAGUGCCAGCAUCUCCAAUCUGUUGAUCUUUCUUAUAAUUCUCUUGUCGGACCGAUACCGGAGAAGCUUUUUGGGUUGCAGAACCUCACCAAGUUGUUGCUUCUGUCUAAUGAGUUGUCUGGAUUCAUUCCGCCGGAGAUUGGCAAUUGCACCAAUCUCUUCCGGCUGAGAUUGAAUGGUAACCGUCUCUCCGGUGUGAUUCCGGUGGAGAUUGGUAACUUGAAAAAUCUCAACUUUCUUGAUAUGAGUAACAACAGGUUUGUUGGUUUGAUUCCUCCGGCGAUCUCCGGCUGUGAUAGUCUUCAGUUUCUUGAUCUUCAUUCCAAUGCACUCUCUGGCUCAUUGCCGGAGUUAUUUCCGAAGAGCCUGCAAUUUCUUGAUGUGUCAAAUAAUAGGCUCACCGGAGCAUUGACGGCUGGAAUUGGAUCACUGCCAGAGUUGACAAAGCUUCUGCUCGGCAAGAAUAGGCUCUCUGGCGAAAUUCCCCGGGAUAUUAGCUAUUGCUCUAAGUUGCAAUUGCUUGAUCUCGGAGACAAUGGCUUCUCUGGUGAGAUACCGCAGGAGUUAGGCCAACUUCCAGCACUAGAGAUCUCACUGAAUCUCAGCUGUAACCAGCUUUCUGGCGAGAUACCGAUGCAAUUCUCCGGGUUAGAGAAGCUUGGAUGUUUAGACAUUUCUCACAACAAGCUCACUGGUGGCCUAGACCCGCUUUCCGGGCUUCAAAACCUUAUCUCUUUGAACGUCUCAUUCAAUGAAUUCUCCGGCGAGCUACCACAUACUCUGUUUUUCCAAAAACUUCCUAUGAGUGAUCUUGCCGGAAACCGUGGCUUAUAUAUUUCUGCUGAUGGUGGUGGUGGCUCUCGGAGUGAAUUCCGAUCAGGAAGAGAUGCAAUGCCAGCAUUGAAACUAGCAAUGUCUGUGCUAGUAAGCGUUAGCGCCGUGCUACUACUCACCGCCGUCUACAUGCUAGUCAGAACUCGAACCGGGGAUGAUCAGAGUAGCGAAGAUGAUCAAACAUGGGAGGUCACAUUGUACCAAAAACUCGAAUUCUCAAUUGCUGAAGUAGUCAAGAGUUUAACAAGUGCAAAUGUGAUCGGAACAGGGAGCUCGGGUGUUGUCUACAAGGUCGGUAUACCCAACAGCGAAACGCUUGCCGUGAAAAAGAUGUGGGCUUCAGAAGAUUCAGGUGCAUUUCACAAUGAAAUAUCGGCAUUAGGUUCGAUUCGACACCGGAAUAUAGUGAGGCUCUUAGGAUGGGCUGGCAAUAGAAACACAAGACUCUUGUUCUACAACUAUCUGUCUAAUGGUAGCUUGAGUAUGUUCCUCCACCGUGGUGGAAAAUGCACGGCAGAGUGGGAGACCAGAUACGAAAUUGCAAUCGGGGUUGCGCAUGCCGUCGCCUAUUUACACCAUGAUUGUGUGCCUGUAAUCAUCCAUGGAGAUGUUAAGUCUAUGAAUGUGCUAUUGGGGCCCAAAUUCGAACCCUUUUUGGCGGACUUUGGUCUUGCAAGGACAUUUAGCUCAAGCUCAAGCUCAAAUUCAAAUUCAAAGCCUACUCAUAUAGCUGGUUCUUAUGGAUAUAUAGCUCCAGAGCAUGCAUCAACAGAGAGAAUUACUGAAAAGAGUGAUGUGUAUAGCUUUGGGGUUGUGUUGCUUGAGGUGAUCACAGGGAGACAUCCAUUGGAUCCUGCAUUGCCUGGAGGUGCUCAUUUGGUGCAGUGGGUGAAGCAACAUUUGCAGAGGAAGUAUGAUGCUUUGGAAUUAAUUGAUGCAAGGCUUCGAGGACUGCCGGAUUGUCAGAUACAAGAGAUGUUUCAGGCACUCGCCAUUGCCGUCUUGUGUGUUAAUUCUCGGGCAGCCGAUCGUCCGGCAAUGAAGGAUGUCGUCGCAUUGCUUAAAGAGAUAAGAUUGCCAGUCACAGAUGAGAGUAAGUGACAAGAGUGGUAAAUUUUGGGGUUAAUGUCAGUGUAACCAUGUUGUUGUUGUUGUUGUGGGUCAUUGUAAAUCUUAGAUGUUUGUUAUUAGAUAAUAUGGAUGUAAAUCAUGGAAAUAGCUAGUUGAUUGAAUGAAGGCAAUAUGUAGAGGUUUUGGUAUGUAUGAAGAGUAUGACGACAGUGUGAGGAUUAGUUCCUUUCCAGCAGUGUUUUCACAUGUCUUCUAAAAAGACUUGUCAGCAGUGAAUGCAGAGAAUCAUAGAAGAAAAGAUGGAACAUGAAACAAGAGACUUCUUUUCUUUGUACUUUCUUUUCUGUUUUUCUGUUGCAGAGC